AGCCCGUCCCCCGGCGGCGGGGUGUAUGACCGCGGCGGGGCGGUAGGAUCGCGGCGGGGUUGGCGGCAGCCGGGUGCUGGAGCAGCGGUUGGAGCGGAGCGGAGCGGAGGAGCGCCGCACCGCACCGGGUUACUUGUGAAAGAUGGUGGAUCGCUUGGCAAACAGUGAGGCAAAUACUAGAAGAAUAAGUAUAGUGGAAAACUGCUUUGGAGCAGCUGGUCAACCUCUGACUAUUCCUGGUCGUGUUCUGAUUGGAGAGGGAGUACUAACAAAGCUGUGUAGGAAGAAGCCCAAAGCGAGGCAGUUUUUCCUGUUCAAUGACAUUCUUGUUUACGGUAACAUUGUCAUCCAGAAGAAGAAAUACAAUAAACAGCACAUAAUCCCACUGGAGAACGUCACUAUUGAUUCCAUCCAGGAUGAGGGAGACUUACGGAACGGGUGGCUAAUCAAAACACCCACAAAGUCUUUUGCAGUUUAUGCUGCCACUGCUACAGAGAAGUCUGAGUGGAUGAACCACAUAAAUAAGUGUGUGUCUGAUUUGCUUUCCAAAAGCGGGAAGACUCCUAGCAAUGAACAUGCAGCUGUCUGGGUACCAGACUCGGAAGCCACAGUGUGCAUGCGCUGUCAGAAAGCAAAAUUUACACCCGUCAACCGUCGUCACCACUGUCGCAAGUGUGGCUUUGUUGUGUGUGGGCCUUGCUCUGAAAAGAGGUUUCUUCUCCCGAGCCAGUCUUCCAAGCCUGUGCGAAUCUGCGACUUCUGCUAUGAUCUUCUUUCUACCGGGGAGAUGACUGCUUGUCAGUCCACCAGGUCAGACUCCUACAGCCAGUCACCGAAAUCAUCUUUAAAUGACGUAUCUGACGAUGAUGACGAUGAAGACAGUAGCGAUUAAGGGCCAACUGUUUUUUCCAUGUGUUGCAAUUUGUGUUUCAAACCGUAUGGAGCUGCUCUUGGGGAAGUCUGUAGUGAGGCUCCUCAGAAAAAUCCUGUUCUAGCCAUAAAAUAUGCCUGAAUAUCUUCAAUUGCGAUGUGCCUCAAUCGAUGAAUUCUCUAGGCAAUAGUUUUUUCACUCCUCUGCAGGGAUAGACUGUUGCAAAUGUUACCAGAAUAUUUUCCAACUUCUUAUACUUGAGCUGUGUCUAGGUUAGACGUUUGUGGAAGAUUGGAGAAUAAAAUGUACUUUCUUAAUUUAACAACCCAUACUUUCUAAGGCUUCAUAUUGCUACGUUGUUAAGUGUUUUUUUUCGGAUGUGGGGAGAAAAACUGUAAGCAUGCAUGGAAAGGUGAUGUUUUGGUUAAUCCCUUAGAUGAUCUUGUUUUUCUAACCAUCAUAUAAUAGGUUGAAAUGUGACGUAAUUUACAAACUUAAAUGUCACAAAUCUUGGAAAUUGUCUUGUUUUGCUCUUAUUUAUGACUUCCUAUGCCAAGCAGUGCCUUGUACCAAUUGUGCUGAUUCAGGAAGAAACAAACCUAUUCUAUGUUGUGUGUAUUUGCCUGAUGCUGGUAUCUGGGAGAUUGUUGGUGCUAUUGAUAAUAACUGCUGUGUUCAAAGUGGAGCUUUGACAGGGCCGUAGCUGUACCCCGUGGUGGGUGACGGAGACCCCAAUCACACAUCCUCACCCGUGCAGGCAGACUCAGAGACUCCGCAGAUUCCCACAGGCUUCGACGGGGUUCUCCUUUUAGGAGGUGCGUCGUGGGUUGGGAUCUUGAGAUGAGAAGCUUAGGCUGACUCUUUGUGGGGAUUUAUACGUUUUCUUUUCCGAACAGUUUCUAAGUUUCAUGUUUGUUAACUGCAUACUGAAAUUUUAGUUGGGUGAUAAAGCAUUUGGAUGUGAUGGCCUAUAUAUUUUUUUAAAUAAUUCCCCAAAAUGACACUAAAUUAUUUCUGAAAACAUUGGUGGGAGGGUUGUUUUUUUUUUUUUUUUUCCCUGGGAGUUUUAUUGGCUUGUUUAAAAAUAACCUCAUCUUUUCAACAAAAAGCCUGCAAGUAUCCUUAUAGAACUGGCUUCCUUUUUACACAGCUGACCUCAGGAUAAAUGUGAGAUGCAAGUUAUUUCAUUCUAAAUGUAUACCUAGGACCAAGAAGGAUGUAUUUAAGAACUACAGUGAAAUAGUCAGUGCAGACAAUGUCUCUACCAUAGUAUUCAUUUUUAUUUUUAAUACUUCUUGAAUUCAGAAAUGUCAUGUUCCCAUAUAAAUGUAAAAGUUAGACUUUCAAAGACAUGUUAAACCCCCAAAUACUAAGUUUCUGUGUUUUUAUAAUAGUAGUGGCAAUAUUGAAGCAGAAAGACCUCUUUGAAAUAGUUGUAUGAAUAUAUUAGCAACUGACUUUAUACAAACAAUGUUAAACUUUUGUAUCUCUAAGCGACAAUUUCUGCACUGUUUGCCUUGGUUGGCAAUGAUUGGGUUAAAUAUUUAUUGAAUAAACAAUCAAUGCUGCAUAUUGCA